CAGAAGUAUCUGCGAGAGUGGGUGGAAAGAGGCAGAGUUCCCAAGGUUGGGGGGAGGCUGAUUGUACCUGAAGCAGGGUGGGGAAUCUGAAUCUGCGGGUGCCCAAGACCAAGAUUAAGAUUAAAGGCCGUUGAGAAAGAGCCGAGCGGCAGGAAUAGCAGCAGCUACUCGCUAAACCCGGACCCUGCACCAUGUUUCGUGAAAUGGAAGAGGAUCCGUUCUUCACGGAACCUUUCCAUUCUCACCAUGAACGGCUCCGUCAGAUGAUGGCCAAUGUCCCAAGUUUUAUGGGACAGGACUUCAUGACAAAUAUGUCAGCUGGCAGAAACCCUGAACGGAGAUCCUCAUGCCAACAAGCAACAAUAAAUGAGGCUUCUUCCUGGACAGAUCCCUUCAAUCACAUGAGCACCGUGAUGGAAGAACUCAGAAAAGAAAUGCUUGGCAUGCAAAGUAAACAUGGAAGCCGACCUUCAGAUCCCAGUGGCCACUCUAUGAACAGCUCCAGUGUAAUGACCUAUGCAAAAGUGGGGUGUGAACCUCCCAAAAUAUUCCAAGCUUCCAGUCAUGUACACAAUGUUCCUGGAGGAAUCAAAGAGACAAGACGGGCAGUAAAAGAUUCUGAAAGUGGAGUUGAAAAGAUGUCAAUUGGUCAUCACAUUCAAGACCGUGCUCAUGUCAUUCAGAAAUACAGAAACCAGAGAACAGGUGAUGAAGAAAUUGAUCAAGAAUUUAUCAACCUACAUGAAGAUGAUGCAAUAGGUUUUGACCAAGAAUGGAAGAAUAAGGUGUCAAGGUUUAUGCCUCCCGGAAAAAAUCCAUAUGGUAUUCAGGAUGUAAGAAAAAUCUUGGAAGGACAAAGGAAAACGGGUAAGAGACCAACUGCUCUGUCUCCUACUCCCACCCCUGGUGGUUGUGGCUGUCCUGCUGCGAAUCACAGAGGCUUUAACGGACAUCAUGUGAUGAAACCUGGAAAGAGAUGAACGUUUUGCUGAAACUACCUGGCUCUUCAUUAUGUGUCUCAGGCCAUCUCUGUUUAUUAAGACCAAGGCUGUGCUUUUUAAGCUCUAGUUCAGUUCAUGCAGAAUACUCCAGUUCAUUUUUAGCUUUUGGCUAAAGCUCCAUAACCAGCAUGUCAUUUUUGUCAACAGCAAUACGCAAGAAAUAAAGGGAAUGCACUUUAUAGAAGUUUAUAGUAAAUAUCUACUUAGUCAAGAUAGACACCCAGUAAAAUGGGGUUCAGAAGUACAGGCGAAGAAUUUGAUUUAAUACAGUGACAUUGGUGGGAGGCACAACAUUUUUUUGAGGGGGUGCACAGGAGAUAUAGCUAGAUUUAAAAAUGUGCAGCCAGUUGCCAGCAUUAAGUGCUGCUUAUUGCAUUUGGGAUUUGGGAAGAUGGAAAAUCCAGUAGGCUUACUCCUUUUUGAAGUGAGAACGGACCUGGAUCAGUAGUGUGAGGGAAAAGUCUUUAUGAAGCAGAAGGCUCCAGAGCAUCCUGAUUUUCUGAUACAAAAGCAAAAUAUUGCAAAUGCUGGAAAACUGAAAUAAAAACAAAGCAUUGGAAAAAUUCAGCAGGCCUGGCAGGAUCUGUGGAGAGAGAAACAGAGUUUCAAGCCCAAUAUGAUUUCUUUGGAAUUCUAGGGGUAAAACUCCCCUCCAUGUUUCACAAACUAAUGUGGGCUUGAGAGUGAAUAAAGGUGACUCUUGACCACCUUUAUAUGCUUUCUGUCACCCUGUUUAUUUUUUCCCUUUUUAAAAUUUAUUCCUUAAUAGAUUAAAAAAUUGGACAAUAAUAGUAUUUGCAGAAAAGCUUAUAUACACCUUGUUAGGUGACUAUUGUAUAACGACUAGAUACAACUUCCUCCCGGAAACAAUGACACUGUCAUCAUAGUAUAAUGAAGAUACCAGUAAGCUUACUAAAACAUGAAUUUCAGACCUUUGCCUAGGUGUGACCACGAUUUUAGUGUGAUGAAUUCUCAUUUUAUCUUGUUUCAAGAAAAGUAAAGUGAUUUAAUUUGGCCAGGUGAAACUGUGUGGUCAGUGGCAAAGCCACACGAGUAAGCAAUCUAGGACUUAAUUUUACUGUGGUAAAAUGAUCAGCAAUGUGACAAUAUUUCUAAGUAACAGCAUGCUUCACUGAUAUUGCAGUUUUACUAAGAUUUUUCUACAAAUGCUUACAUAAACUGCAAAG